AUGGCCAAGAAGAACAAGAAUCCUGGACGGGGAGGGUAUUAUGGUGGUGCUUUUGAGCAGGCUGGUGAAUGCGAGGGCUCUGGUAGCUCUGGACGAAUUGAUGCCGAAAUUACUGCCUCUGAGGAUUCAAGUGCUCCAACAAGGAAAUGUAUUAGUUUGAAUUCUACUAAACGCGACAGUUUUGGUGUGCCCAUAGAAGUUCUCCCCCUGUCAAACAUGUUGUCCUCCGAAAGGAAAGAUUUGCUACAUAGGUUGAGAAUGGAACUUGAACAGAUUCGAAUACUUCAGAAGAAAGUUGAAAUGCAUAGAACCAAUGGUGUUACCGUGUCCUCUUCUAGUGACAUCCUCAGCUGCAACAAUGGCCGGAAUGGGCCGCAUAUUGAAAAUCUCCGUAAGUCAUCAGCAUUAACUGGGCAGGGGAAAAAACUGAAUCCUGUGGCUUCAAAAGCACAGGCAUGGAAUCCAGGCACUUCUGGGCGGGUUGAGUCAGUGAAUCAGGCUUCAGCACCUAGCACUGCUAGUGUAAUUCUGAUGAAACAAUGCGAGACACUAUUGAAACGGUUAAUGUCCCAUCAAUUUUCUUGGGUUUUCAAUACCCCUGUUGAUGUGGUGAAGUUGAAGAUUCCGGAUUAUUUCACUGUCAUCAAGCAUCCGAUGGAUUUGGGUACGGUAAAGACCAAGAUAGCUUCAGGAUCUUAUUCAAGCCCAUUGGAGUUUGCUGCUGAUGUCAGGACUACCUUCACCAAUGCUAUGACCUACAAUCCACCAACAAAUGAUGUCUAUGUCAUGGCUGAUACUCUUAGUAAAUUUUUUGAAGUCAGGUGGAAAACCAUUGAGAAAAAACUGCCAAAGGCUGAUUACCAACCACCACCAGCUAAAUCUGGUCCUCGUGAAGCGGUAGAAACUCCUAAGCCAUUGCCCCCUGCGAAAAAGAGGAUGAUCACGUCACUGCACCAUGAAGUCAAGUCUGAGCCUGCUAAGCUGGUAAUGACAAAGGAGGAGAAACAUAAUCUGAGCAGAGAUUUGGAGUCUUUGCAUGGAGAAAUACCUUUACUCAUCAUUGAUUUCUUGAGGGAACAUUGUUCAAAUGGAAAGGACUCUGAAGAGGAUGAGAUUGAGAUUGAUGUUGAUGAUCUAAGUGAUGAUACCUUGUUCACAUUGAGGAAGCUUUUAAAUGAGCAUUUGCAAGAGAAACAAAAGAACCAUGUGAGGGCUGAACCUUGUUCAAUAGAGCUUUUGAACGAAUCAGGGUUGAGCAAUUCAUCCAUGCAGCCAUGCAAAGGGAAUGACCCAGCCGAUGAGGAUGUUGAUAUUGGUGGAAAUGAGCCUCCUGUCUCAAGCUAUCCUCCUGUGGAGAUAGAAAAGGACACAGGCUAUAAAAUUAGUAAAGGCAUCAGCUCAAGCAGCUCCAGCGAUUCAGAUUCUAGCAGUUCUGAGAGUGAAUGUGAUGAUGCUAAGGCCUCAAGUCCGGUACCAGAAACUGUAGGUUCUGGAGCUCAGUUAGAUGAAAAGACAAUUGAUAAUCGCCUUGAAGGAAAUCAGUCUGAUAGUGGGUUGGAUCAAGUUGAACAAAGUUCCCAGCAGAAGCCAAGUCCUGUGGAGUCAGAUUGUUGUCAGGAUGGGGACAGUGCUCCCACAGAGAGGCCGGUCUCCCCUGAGAAGCAGUACAGGGCUGCUCUAUUGAAGAAUCGUUUUGCUGAUACCAUUUUAAGAGCUCGAGAGAAAACACUUAAUCAGGGUGACAAAGGAGAUCCUGAGAAAUUGCGGCGGGAGAGGGAGGAACUUGAAUUGCAACAGAAGAAAGAAAAAGCACGGUUACAAGCAGAAGCCAAGGCGGCCGAGGAUGCUCGAAGGCGAGCUGAAGCAGAAGCUGCAGCAGAGGCUAAAAGGAAGAGGGAGCUUGAGAGAGAAGCAGCACGGCAGGCAUUGCUGCAGAUAGAAAAGACGGUUGAAAUCAAUGAGAACUCUCAGUUUCUUCAAGAUCUGGAAAUGCUAAGAACUGCCCCUGUGGAGCAGUUACCAAGCUCUGUAGAUGAAACAAGCCCAGAUCACUCGCAGGAUGGCUUAGGCGGUUUUAGGUUUGGUGGAAGUAACCCUCUGGAACAACUUGGCUUGUACAUAAAAGACGAUGAAGAGGAGGAAGAAAUUGAGCCUGCUGCUAGUGUUCCAAGUCCUGUAAAUGAUAUAGAGGAGGGAGAAAUUGAUUAA